CACCAGGGUUUCAGAAUGGCAUUCAAGACCGAUCCGUCCCGACGUGAUCUCGCCACCAAACCAAAUGCAAACCAUAGGAGAAAACAUAAACACCUUUUUUUUUUGGCGAGAAAACAUAAACACCUUCGUCCUGGUCGGACGCAGCGGCCACAUCUCCGCUACUUCCUCUCCGCCAUCUACUUAAGAUCUUCAAAGGUUUUUCUUGCGAUAAGGAACUGCAAAGGUGAGCUUACUUCUUCUGCUUCUGCAAAGAAGAUGCCGACGCUGAGCAUCACGGUGGACAUGGGGUGCAGCCGCUGCAGUGCCAAGAUCCAGAGGGUCCUGUCCUCCAUCCAGGACCGAGGCAAGUUUGUCAUCGAGAAGAUCGUGUACGAAGAUAACAGGGUGCUCGUGUCGGGGCCCUUCGACGCCGACAAGCUGACAUGCAAGCUCUGGUGCAAGGCCAGCAACGUCAUCAAGAACAUUGAGGUCGUCAAGCCGCCGGUGGUAGCCAAGCCGAAGGACGACCCUCCCAAGCCCAAGAAAAAAGAGGAGAAGCCCGAGACCAAGCCAGCCCCGUGCAACCAGCUGGUGCCGUACGCGUACCCGUACCCGCUGCCGUACCCAUCGGCGUGGCCGUGUGGCUGCGGUACGUCGUGCUGCGAGGGCCACUCCAAGCCACCUCCUCCGGCGCCGGCGCCCACGUGCCAGUGCCACUCCUACCCGCCGUACCAGCAGCCGAUGCCCAUGCCGUGCACGCCGAUGGUCAUCUGCGAGGAGAGCCCGCCCGCCUGCGCCGUCAUGUAACUGCGUGUACGUCCCUGCUCGACGGUGUACACCACCUCUUUGAAGCCUCCAUGUAUCCAGUCCAUGAGUGAUUUGUUUGUAAUUCUUUCAACAUAUUUCCUUAAACGUCUUCGAGCUUAA